AUGAUUUUUCUUCGUAUUACUCUAGUUCUAUUGUUUUCUGCAUUAUUCUGCUGUGUGAAAUGUGAAGACGACAAGUACCUCAUCACUCUCGUCUAUAGAUUUGUCUUCGCAAAUGAAGCCUUGUGUGGCGAUCCAUUUGCUGAUCCGGAGUGGGUACCGGCAGCUAAUGAUUGUUUUGUGGAUUGUGAUCCGACAUUAUAUAUGUGCAUGAUACACAUGGAAACGAGUAUUCAAAAAUGCAAAUUUUUUUCGAAAGAGUGCCAGUCGGCAAUCCGAAAGCAUCUCGGUUGGUCGUCUUCGAUUGUCAGCGUCUAUAGACCAAUGCCCGUCUCGUCAUCUGAUCAGCAUCACUCAGAUAAUACCGUCAUUGAUAACGUUUUUCGAGGAAGCAAUGAGGACACAAUUUCACAUAAACCCGACCGAUUGGCGGUUGAAGCGGUUGAGAAGAUCGAGAGAGAUCUGAUGGGCUUGCCUAGCAUUGCUUUGUCGCCCGUUGAUCACAAGAUAUUUCCUUCGUUGCGUAGAACCAUAUUUAGUGGAGACCUUGUUUGGCAUUUUCGAUUUUGUAGGAACCAAAGCGUUCGGGCUGACGAAAUAUCACUAGCGAUCGACGCAAUGACAUCGUCUCCAAGCCACGAAUGGUUGAAGGCUCCUGGUGUGGAAAACAACGGCUACUCAGCUGAGGACACUGCAAGUUUCGCUAGCAAGCCACCGCUAAGGCAUCACAACGUACCUCCCGAGGCUGCCGAACACUAUGAGAAUGCAAGAUCGAAUCGUAUCCAGUUAGCUAUCGACGAUAAAGAGUCACCUCAUAGAGAACGAUUGCUCCAUACAGCUGAAAACGCACCAGUUCUAAUCAACUAUGAACUUCCUCAUCCACUUUCUUCACAGCCAUCUUCUACGCAUUUAUCCGCACCACAGCCACCUGCUCCAGAGCCAUCGCCGCCUGCUUUCUCGCCGUACUACCCCAUAACUACUUCUCUUUCUGAACAAAACGUUCUCGGUGUCAUGACCCCAGCACCACAUAAUAGCAAGAUUUCGCCUAAAGUCAUAGAUUUUUUGGAUCGUCUUGCGACAAAUGAAGAAAUGGAACCGCUUAGUCUUGGAAGUGUUCCUCAUCCUCCGGGGUAUCGACCAUUCGAUAGCGGCUGUGCAAAUAACGCAAACAGUGAAACCUCAAAUGGGAUCCGUAAUAAGCUCCUUGUUCUUGAAGACCUCGAAGCGACAACGCGGAACAGUCAUUCUAUGAAAUCGUAUAUUCAAAUGGGAAUGGUUCCAUAUAGUGAACAAAUUGGAGUUUUGGACACUACAUCCAGCAGUGGAUUUGAUGAAGCAACCACCAGCAGAGCGGCUCGUUUUGAGGUAUUUUUUAGCUGA